AAAAAAUAAUCUAAAUCCCGAAACAGCGUUUUGCUUUCCAAAAUGCCCGUGAAAUUUCAACAAAACUGAUGAAAACUGACAACGAAAGAUUACCACAGCGACACAAAAAGGAUUUUAACCGAUAUUAUAUUUUUAAGUGAAAAAGAUCCUAAAACAACGUAGAAACUUUUUCGUUUAAUUCUAUUUUUGUUUCAGGCAUAUCGGUAGAGGAUAAGUACCUAUUAACACAGCAAACCCAUAUAUUUUUCCAUAUCGCAGCAUCAAUUAAAUUCGAUGAACCUCUUAAAAAUGCUGUUUUCGCUAAUUUACGUAGUACCAGAGAAGCAGCCUUGCUGGCUUUAGAUAUGACUAAAAUCGAACAUUUUCAGCAAGUAUCUACCACUUAUUGUAAUAUCGAUAACAAAAAGUUUGUAGAAGAAAUUUUAUAUCCAGCAUCGGUAGAUUGGAGAGAGGCCGUUUCUGUAGCGGAAAAUGCUGAUUCGAACACUUUGGAUCUACUGGCCCAGCAUUACAUCACAGAUUUUCCAAAUACCUAUACAUUCACAAAGAGGUUGGCCGAGCACUGUGUCAAUGAUUUGCUGGUUGGAAAAGUACCAACUGUGAUCUGUAGGCCUUCAGUAGUUAUUGGAUCCUUGGAAGAACCCUUUGAAGGAUGGAGUGACAAUUUCAAUGGACCUGUAGGGCUUCUCAUUGCAGGAGCUUCAGGUUUAUUAAGAAUCGUAUACGCAGACUCAGAAAUCGAUACCGAUUAUAAUGCUGUCGAUAAUGUUGUUAAAGGCAUGAUAGUUUCUGCAUGGCAUAACGCAACCGCUACAGGAAAUUUACAAGAAAUCUUUAUUUACCAAAUGUGCAAAGGCGAUAAGUUACCCUAUAAAUUAGGCAAUUUAAUUGAACAUGGUAAAAAACUUUACUGGGAUAUACCUUUAGAAAGAAAAGUCUGGUUUCCAAGAAACAAGCCCACAAAAUGUUGGUACGAGUAUUUUGUAACUGUGUUACUCUGUCAAGUGAUUCCUGCGAUGUUUUUCGAUUUGGUGCUCUGGAUUGCUGGAUAUCCACCUACUAUUUUCAAGAUCCAAAGAAAAAUUUACAUAGCCAAUAUGGCCAUAAGUCAUUUCAUGUUAAACGAUUGGAAGUUUGAUAAUAGGAAAUACGAUGAGCUUUUUGAAAUCGUACCGAUUGAAGAGCGAAGUGACUUUAACUUUACAGUCAGGCCAUCUUCUGAAUUUUUAAUUUAUGACUUCUACAUGAAAUGUGGCAAUUACGUGCGAUAUUAUUUGUUGAAAGAGAGCAAGGAAGUCACGCAAAAGAAUAAAACUAGAACUUUAUGGAUGUUUUGUGCGGAUUGGGUUUUAAGGGUUGUCUCUUAUUUAGGCCUAGCCUGGAUCGUUUUAGUAAAGUAUUGUGUGCCUUUGACAAUUUUUAAUGCUUUUUCUUUGUAUUGGAUUAAUUUGUAGUUUUCUGUAAGUGUUUUUUUUUUAUACAACAUCAAUUUGAAUUUAUAGAAAAACAAUUUAUCGUUUAAAACGCGUAAAAAAAAGAUUUCCUAUUCUUGUAACAUAAAAGCUUGCUACUGCAUUUGAUGGAAGAUAUCUAGAAACUAGAAAAGAUUCAAUGUAUUUUAAUUGGUAAAGUUGAAAACGAUUUUCUUUGUUUAAAGCAAGUUUUCAUUGGAAAUAAAAAAGAAUUGACGAUGUUACACAACAAAGUGUUUUAUUAUUUGGAAGAUUUAUUUGAAAGUUUGCGGUGUUUGUUUUGUCGAUUUUCC